AUGGCCGUCACCACCCGUGAAGUUAUUCCCGAGGCACAGAAGGCCCCUAUUGUCUAUAGGCCCGACACUGGAUGCUCUUGUGUUCCUGUCGAAACUCCUGAGGCAUUGGAGCGAUUGACGGAGAGCGUCAAGAAUGCUCUUGAGAUGGGGAUUCUAGAUUGCGAGAAGCCUAGCCUGGCGUUUGCUAUGCUCCUCUUGGGCGGCCAGGUUGUGUAUUGCUCGACAAGUAAGGCCUAA